CCACUCACUUGAGAUAGAAGCCCAUCCAACUCUUAAACCAUAAAUUACGUUUUCACUUACCUUGCAGGGAGCAUUUAUUUCGUGUGUGUAUAUAUAUACACUCACACUUGUAUCAAAUUCCACAUUACAAGCCUCUCCCAGUUUUCAUUCUACAUUUCAAAUUAUCCAUGGGAAAGAAUAUGAUCUUUACGUUGGCAAUGCUUUGCUUGCAUAUAAACUUUGUAGCAUCUCUAAAAAGCUCCACAGACGAGUAUGCUCUUUUAGCCUUCAAAUCUCAAAUAACUUCCGAUCCAAAUAAUAUCUUUGCUAAAAAUUGGUCACAAGGAACCUCAUUCUGUAAUUGGGUUGGCAUUACUUGUGGGAGAAGACAUCAAAGAGUUAGGGAGUUGAAUCUAGCAGAUAUGGGUAUAGGAGGUACUAUUGCUAAAGAAAUCGGCGAACUCUCUUUUUUGAGAUCCUUGAUUAUUAGCAACAAUAAUUUCCUUGGAUUUAUCCCUGACGAAAUUGGUAAUUUAAGUCAGCUUCGAGAAAUAGAUAUGCAUGACAAUGAGCUGAGCGGUCCUAUUCCAACAGGUCUCGAAUUUCUUGAAAAUCUACAAAAGCUAAAUCUCUCCUAUAACAGACUCCAUGGGGAAGUUCCUAAUAGGAUUUUCAACCUCUCUUUUUUGACGGGAAUUGAUUUAAAAGGCAAUAGUCUCCUAGGAAGUCUUCCUACAGAUAUCUGCAAUAAUCUUCCAAAUAUGGAGUGGCUAAGAAUUUCUUAUAAUCAAAUAAGUGGUAACAUUCCUCCAAGCUUGGGAACAUGCAAGAAGCUUCAAUAUCUUUCUUUGGCGUACAAUGAUUUUUCUGGAAGCAUUCCAAUGGAAAUCGGAAACUUGUCAAAGCUUCAAUAUCUCUAUCUAACAGGAAAUAAUUUGAUAGGUAAAAUUCAACAUUCAAUUGGCAGUUUGUCAAAUUUGAAGACAUUGUCUAUUUCUAUUAACAGUCUUCAGGGUCAAAUACCAGAAUCCAUCUUCAAUCUCUCCAUGUUAAAAUCACUUGAUUUUAAUACCAACAGUAUAUCCGGCAAUCUUCCAUCAUCAAUUGCCAAUGGGCUUCCUGAUCUUGAAGGUCUCUAUCUUGGUAGCAAUCAAUUGAGCGGAGAAAUUCCUGCCUCUGUUUCAAAUUUUUCUAAGCUUACUCUCUUGGAUUUUAGUGGCAACUCCUUCAGCGGACGAGUACCCAUGAAUCUUGGAAAUUUACAGAACCUACAGAAACUAAUAUUAGAUGGUAAUGAGUUGACAAAUGAUCCUUCAAUGCUCGAAUUGGAUUUUCUUAUUUCAUUGACAAAUUGUAGGAAUUUGAAGAUCAUACGGAUGGGAUUCAAUUCUUUUCACGGAAUAUUACCAAAAUUGUUGGGUAAUUUGUCAACAUCUUUCGAAUCUUUCAAUGCCGAUUAUUGUGGCAUUAAAGGUGUCAUUCCUAAUGAAAUUGGUAAUAUGAGCAACUUGAUCGAGUUAGGCAUUGAAGGCAAUGAAUUGACAAGAACAAUCCCUGACACAUUGGGUCAAUCAAGAAAAUUACAAAAGCUGCGACUUGGUUUCAAUAAACUAGGGGGGUCGAUACCUUUCAACCUUUGCAAUUUGGUUUAUCUAUAUCAUCUAAGUUUGAGCAAUAAUACGCUUUCUCAACAGAUGCCAACUUGUUUAGGAAAUCUUACAUCUUUACAAGAAAUUUAUUUAGAUCACAACUCAUUGACUUCCACUAUCCCAUCCACACUUUGGACUAACAAGGAAAUUCGGAUUUUGAGUUUAGCUUAUAAUUUGCUGAAUGGGUCAUUGGCUUCAGAAAUUGGAAACAUUAUGAGCAUGAGAGAGUUGAAUUUAUCUGGAAAUCAGUUUUCAGGUGAUAUUCCAAGCACCAUUGGGAAACUUCAGAAUUUGGAAAAUCUAACAUUGUCGAACAAUCAGUUACAUGGUCAUAUACCUGAGUCGUUUAAGAAUCUGAUUUCAUUGAAAAAUUUGGAUCUAUCCAAGAACAAUCUCUACGGUGUAAUCCCCAAGUCAUUGGAAAGACUUGAGCACCUUGAGCAUUUCAACGUUUCGUUCAAUGAACUUAGUGGUGAAAUUCCAUAUGGGGGGCCUUUCAAAAAUUUCAGGUCAGAAUUUUUUAUAGGCAAUAGAGAAUUGUGUGGAACAUCUCAAUUUAAAGUCAAGCCAUGCAAAAAUAAUACAACUAGAUUAUCAAGCAAUACCAGAGUUCUAAAGUACAUUCUACCGCCAGUUGCUGUUGUAUUGAGUUUGGCCAUUAUUGUGGUUUAUGUAAUAAGACGCAGUAGCAGAAGUAAAGUUCUGCUAGCUCAGCCCACUUCCCCCAUCACUAUCAAGAGAAUUUCAUAUUAUGAAGUUCUAAAUGCUACCAACAAUUUUGGUGAAGAGAAUCUUAUUGGCGAAGGUAGUAUCGGUUUAGUGUACAAGGGAAUAUUUUCAGAUGGAAUGAUAGCUGCAAUUAAGGUUUUUAAUCUAGAUUUGGAAGGUGCAAACCAAUGUUUUGAUACUGAGUGCCAAAUAUUGUGCAACAUUCGUCACAAAAAUCUUGUCAAGAUAAUUACUAGUUGCUCUAACCUUGAUUUCAAAGCCUUGGUGCUGGAAUAUAUGCCUAAUGGAAACCUUACAAAAUUGAUAUCCUCGAGCAACUGUUUCCUAAAUAUGUCUCAAAGAUUGGAAAUAAUGAUAGAUGUGGCAAGUGCACUCGAGUAUCUACAUCAUGGGUGUCCCUUUCCGAUUGUUCAUUGUGAUUUGAAGCCCAACAACAUACUUUUAGAUGAAGACAUGGUUGCCCAUGUUGGAGACUUUGGCAUUUCCAAGCUUUUAGCUGAAGACCAGAGAAUUUCAAUUACCAAGACGUGGGGGACCAUUGGAUAUAUGGCUCCAGAGUAUGGAUCUACGGGAUUAAUAUCGACUAUGGCAGAUGUUUAUAGUUAUGGGAUUAUGCUAAUAGAGAUAUUUACUAAAAAGAAGCCGACAUAUGAUAUGUUUGUUGGAGAGUUCACAAUGAGGAAAUGGGUGUUUGAAUCAUUCCCCGAUGCAAUAAUGCAGAUAGUGGAUGUUGAUCUAGUGAAUCUUGAAGACAAUAUUAAAGCCAAAGAGAUCUGCUUUAGAUCAAUCAUGGGACUAGCACUAGAAUGCACAGCUAACUGGCCCAACGAGAGGCUCAAUAUGAAAGAUGUUCUAACAAGGCUCAAGAAGAUCAAAACUGAAUUUUGUAAAGCAUAAUACUGAGGUGGAUUAAGAUGAAGAGGAAGGAGCAGACCAUCUUGAAGAACUAUGGAGAGUUUCUGACUGCUAUGUUGCAUUCAAGCUAUUCUCAAUCGUCAGAGUGCCUCAAGGCCUACCCUUAUACAGAUAACACUCAUCAGUUAUUUUGCAAACUGUCUUUUAGUCAUUAGUAAGUAAUUUUUCACCCACAGAUGAAGAAGUGAAUUGUGCUUCUGUUUCUGUUCAUCUAUCUUCACAUAAGGAGCAAUUCCCAGCAAGGGACAUGUUUAUAAUGGUAUUCCGAAUGAAAACACAGUGUGAUUCCUGCUGGAUAAAAAAGCUGGUUUUCAUC